GUGGGGGGUGGGGGGUGGAGGGGGGGAGGAAUGGAGGAGGGAGGAGAGGAGUGGAAAGUUGUAGAAGAGAGAAUGUCAGAACAAGGAGGGACUUCAGAACCCAGAAUAUCAGAGCUGGGAGAAUCCCUAGGACAGAGAAUGUCAGAGCUGGGAGGGAGCUUAGAACAGAGAAUGCCAGAGCUGGGAGAACCCUUAGAACUCAGGAUGUCAGAGCUGAGAGAGCCCUUAGCACAGAGAAUGUCAGAGCUGGGAGAGUCCUUAGAACAGAGAAAAUCAGAGCUGGGAGGGAGCUUAGAACAGAGAAUGCCAGAGCUGGGAGAACCCUUAGAACCCAGGAUGUCAGAGCUGAGAGAGCCCUUAGCACAGAGAAUGUCAGAGCUGGGAGAGUCCUUAGAACAGAGAAUGUCAGAGCUGGGAGAGUCCUUAGAACAGAGAAAGUCAGAGCUGGGAGAGACUUUAGAACAGGGAAUGUCAGAGCUGGGAGAGUCCUUAGAACAGAGAAAGUCAGAGCUGGGAGAGACUUUAGAACAGGGAAUGUCAGAGCUGGGGGAGUCCUUAGAACAGAGAAUGUCAGAGCUGGGAGAGUCCUUAGAACAGAGAAUGUCAGAGCUGGGAGAGUCCUUAGAACAGGGAAUGUCAGAGCUGGGAGAGUCCUUAGAACAGGGAAUGUCAGAGCUGGGAGAGUCCUUAGAACAGGGAAUGUCAGAGCUGGGAGAGUCCUUAGAACAGGGAAUGUCAGAGCUGGGAGCGACUUUAGAACAGAGAACUUCAGAACCGGGAGGACCCUUAGAAUACAGGAUGUCAAAACUGGGAGGAUCCUUAAGCCACAGAAUUGUCAGUGCUAGGAGGGCCUUUAGAGCAGAGAAUGUUAAAAAAAAAAAAACAACAGAGAAUGUCAGAGCUGAAAGAAACCUCCAUGUUUCUUUCCAUACUAACUCCAUGCUAUUGUAAUGGUGCCCAACAGAUGUAGAUGAUAUUUAAGGCUUGAAGGAAAAGAAAGCUUAGGCUGACUCCCAUCUAUCCAAGACUGGGGUCCAUCAGGGGACAGGGCAGGUCAGAAUGAUAUCAGGGCGGCAUCUCCUGGUCAUUAGGAGAAGUACAGCCACAUCUGGGAUUCUGGGCCCAGGGAUGGAAUACAGAGAAGACCAAGAUGUAAAGGGAUUCCUUAUGCCCUCCUUUAAAGCAAGCCCUCUCCUGGACUCAAUUCCUACUUGAAUCUAAGUUUCAUCUCUAGUCAGGGAAUGAACCCAAAAGACCAGCCAGCAACCUUGAGAGGCAGCUCAGAUCGAAGUGAUUCCCUGUAAGAUCUGUGGGGACAAGUCUUCAGGGAUCCACUAUGGCGUCAUCACCUGUGAAGGUUGCAAGGUCUGUGGCCACUUUGUAGUUUCCUGCCUCUCUCUUCAAUGUCCAGCUUAAGAGGGAGAAAGAACCAGGGGCAUGACUGCCAAGUGACUCAUCUUCCUGUCAGGGCUUCUUCCGACGGAGCCAGCAGAACAACGCCAGCUACUCCUGUUCUCGACAACGUAACUGCCCUAUUGACCGCACCAGCCGAAAUCGCUGCCAGCACUGCCGGCUACAAAAGUGCCUAGCCCUGGGCAUGUCACGAGAUGCGGUCAAGUUUGGCAGGAUGUCCAAGAAGCAGAGGGAUAGCCUAUACGCAGAAGUGCAACGACACCAGCAGAACCAGGAGGCAGGCCAGUCCCUGAAUGGCAGUGGCCUAAUCCCCAGAGAUGGCCCCAAUAUGGCCAGCAGCCUCUCUGACCUGGACCACUUGUCAGGCUUGCCAGAUGGGCUGCUCUUUGACAUGCCACUCAGCCCAGAGGAGACAGAAGCCAACACCACAACCUCAACGUACUAUGCUCUGGACCUGCUGGGUUCUGCCCAGUCAUCACCAGAGCCAACAUGCCUAGAGGCACUGUAUGAGAUGGGGCUGGACCCUGGUGUCCUGGUGCACAGUGGAACCCCUGGGAUCCUUCCUGAGGGUGAUAUUGAGCGAGUGGCCCAGAAUGUCAUCAGGUCCCACCGAGAGACCUGUCAAUACACAACAGAGGAGCUAAAGCGGUUGGCAUGGGCCCAGCACACCCAGGAGGAGCUGUGUAACUUGCAGGCAAAGCCUUGUGAGGUUCUGUGGCAACAGUGUUCGCUCCAGAUUUCCCACGCCAUCCAGUUCGUGGUGGAGUUCGCCAAGCGUAUCUGCGGCUUCAUGGAUCUUGACCAGAAUGACCAGAUCAUCCUACUCAAAGCAGGUUGCCUAGAAGUGCUGCUUAUCCGAAUGGUUCGGGUUUUUAAUCCUCUGAAUAAUACUGUGCUCUUUGAUGGCAAGUUUGGAGGAAUCCAGAUGUUCAAGGCCUUGGCCUGUGAUGACUUGAUUGGGGCCAUCUUUGAACUGGAGCGGGGUCUGUGUCGACUGCAAUUGUCAGAUGAGGAAAUAGCUCUGUUCACAGCAGCUGUCUUGUUGUCUCCAGAUCGUCCCUGGCUCCUUGAGGCAAAGAAGGUACAGAAUCUCCAGGACCAGAUUUUCCUUGCCUUGCAGCAUGAGAUCCAGAAGCAACCUUCUCCAGAGGAUAGACUGUCCAAGCUCAUCUCCAAGUUGCCCCUGUUGAAAACCAUCUGCCGUCUGCACCUGGAUAAGCUGGAAUGUUUCCGCCUCCUGCACCCAGAAACAGCCCGUCUCUUCCCCCCACUCUACAAGGAAGUUUUCAACACCGAGCUUCAGUACAGCAACCUCCGGGAGAGCUAGAGGCUGAGUGUCCAUCUCUUGGAAGGGAGGAGGGUAGUGGUGGACAUUCCAUGUCUGCAGGGAGUCAGGGGGCAUGAGGCAAUACAUCAGAGCAGAGAAGGGAGAAGAAGGGAAGUGGAAAAAGGAAAAUGGGGUGAAGGGAGAAUUCCUGGAGCCUGGCUUGCCACCAAAUUGGCCUGAGCUACCUUUAUUUCUCCUUUGAAACUUCUCUGUGGAUUGGAAUAGCUCUCGAGGGUAGCACAUCUUGAUGAACUCAAGAAUGAAGACAUUGCCCUCACUAGGGAAAUGAAGGAGAACUCCCCCUGGCCAAAGGAGGAAGACCCUCUAAAUGAUGGACCAAAGCCCUCACCUACAUAAACCCUUCCUCACGGGUCUGAAUUCUUCACCCAAGGAGAAGGACACAGAGCACCAACAACCUGUGUAGAAUUAAGAAUGCUGGAAAGGGACUACAUGAAUCUGCUAGCCCAGUCCUCUCUUCCCAUUUGGCAGAUGGGCAAAGUGAGGCCUGAAUUUAUGUCCUGGAACUUGCCCAAGGUCAUACACCAGAUUGAAAACCUACCAGUGCUAUUUCAUUCUGUGGGUCAGAUAAUCAUUACUUCCCGUGACCUAGAUUCACAUACUGGUUGCCCCAUGGAGAGUGAGUUGAUGGGUUCUCACUGCCCUUGCUGCCCUGAUCCCAUCUGGAGCAGGAAUGGCAAAACGGGGAGCAUAUUUCAACAAGAAAAUCAAAGUAGUGGAGCUGCUGGAAACCCUGGGGCAUGGGACAGGCAUGAGGGACAGUGGAAAGAACUCUGGACUUGACAUAGAGAGAUGUGGCUUCCAUUCUGGGCUCUUCUGCUGGUUAGCAUGAUGAUUGGACAAGUCAUUUGCCCUAAGAUCAUGACCCAUUACUGAAGAUUGUAGCUUUACUUUCUCCUUCAGUAAAAUGAGUGGAGUGGACUAGAUGACUUCUUAAUUCCCUUCCAGCUCUAAGGUCCUAGUUACCACCUGGUUCCUCUUCUUGUAUGUGCCAUGAAUUUAUUGUGUGUGUUUAUCUUUAGAAAAAUGAGUUUGUUUCUUUGAGCCUCAGUUUCCUCAUCUAUAAAAUGAGACGGUUGCAUUCAAUACCCCCUAAGACUCUUUCCAGCUCUGACUUUCUAUGAUUCACAGUAGCUCCGUGUGGGAAAGGACAGCAGGAAAGGAGGUGGAUCCUCUUACAGGGGUCAGAUCAAAGACCCAGGAGUUCUUGUGUUUGGGUGAUUCCAGAACAAAAAGUCAUUCAUUGGCAUGUUGUAGUUCUCUGCCUCACUCUAGGUGACUCAAGCUCCAGAGAUGGAUGACUUUUCGGGAGGAUUUGAAGAAGAAAGGGGAAGGAAGUGAGAUAAGGAAUUAUGCCCCCCAGCAGCAAGCUCAAGGGACCCAUUUUAUGAGUCAUGCCCCCAUACCUCAUAACCUCUGGACAGUUGGGAUGAAGGAUCAGUUCUCAGGUCUAGAUCAGAAAAGGCCUAGGGUAAAAGACAUUCUCUCCUACUGCAAAAAAGCCUUGGAAGAAGAGUCGAAUUAUAUGGCAGCAGGUCUGUUAAGAUCAGUUCUUUUACAAGUGGAUCAGAACUUGGCCAUAAAAAAAGAGCAAUAUCCUCUUCAAGGCUGUUCCCUUGUCAGGCUCUAUUCUGAUUCCCAUGAGAAUUUGGGAAUGAUUCCUCAAACCAGUGCCCAAACCAUUAAUAUCACCCAUCUCCUUAUGCAGGCAUUAAGGUGGUGGCUGGAGCUGUGGUUCUGCAUUGACUCAUGGAUGACUGUAGCCAAGUCCUUCCCUCUUUUAGGGACAGUUUCUUGAUGCUAAGAUACAAUGAGCUUGGCAAUUAUCUGCUCUGCUUACCUCAUAAGGUUAUUCAAUUCAUAGGAUCAAAGAUAGAGACAUGUAAAAGACCUCAAAGGACAUCUAUUCUAAACCCUCUUGUUUUUCAGAUGGGAAAACUGAGGCCCAGAGAAGUGACAUGACUUAUGGGUACAUGGGAUGCAAGCAUCAGAAUCAGGAGUUGAACCCAAGUCCUAAUAAAAUCUGUGUUCUUAUCCCUGUAUCACGGCGACUCCCAACCUAACAGGUAUGUGCCAGAUGCUGUGCCAAACUCUAAGGAUGCAAAAGCAAAAAUGAAACAAUCUCUGCCCUCAAGGAGCUUAUACUCUACUGAGGGGUUACAACAUAUACACAGAUAAGUAAAUUUAAAAUAUACAUAUUUGAUUUCAAAGUCAAAACACUAAUAACUAAUAAUGAAGGCUUCUUGUAGGAGGUAGUAUCUGAGCUAAGUCUUCAAAAGGGCUAGGGAUUUGCUAGAGAUAGAGGUAAGGAAGGAGAAUAUUCUAGGUAUAAGAAAUGAAAAUGCAUGGAGGUAGGAGAGCAAAUGAAAUGAUGGUUGUAGAAACAUUCUGUAAACCCAAACACCAAAGUUCUGUGCAAAUAUCUAUCAUUCAUAUAUAUAUUUUAAGGCGAAUGGGUUUAAGUGACUUGCCCAGGGUCUAGUAAAUGUCUGAGAACAAGAUUUGAACUUGGGAAGAUGAACCUUCCUGACUCCAGACCUGGCACUCUAUCCACUGUGCCAUCGAGUUGCUCCUCUAUCAUUCAUAUGGCCAGACCUACCUUAUCUGUGGCUUCAAUUGGGAUUCCCCAGUUGGAUUCUCAAUCUUAUUCACCAGAAGCUGAAUUGAUCCACAAAGGACAAAAGUUUUAGCCUAGGGAGAAGAUUCCAGAUCAAGAGUGUGGUAUAGGCUUUAAAGGUCAGUUCUCAGCUGUGUCUAACCUCCUGAUUUCAUAAUUUUGGAACAUGAAUAAGUUUUUCUCUUUGUGUUUACUAGAAUAACAGAACAAGAAUAUAGAAUAUCAGAGUUGGGAGGUCCCUUAAAAACAGAAUGUCAGAACUGGGAGGACCUUUAAAAUAGGGAAUGUUUAAGCUCAGAGGGUCCUUAGAACAGAAAAUGUCAGAGCUAGGAGGAUCCUUAGAACAGUGGAUGUUUGUGCAUAUCUUCUUUGAACAAACACCUGCACCCUCUCCAAAUAGAACCUUCAUAGAACCAGAGUGCUGAAAGGGGGCUGAGGGUUCACGUAGUCUGGUUAGUAACCAGGGUACUAGACUUUCUCAGACAGGGACUUGGAUUCAAAAUCUGCUUCCAACAUCCCAGCUGUGUGACCAUGGGCAAGUGACUUCAGCCCUCUGAGCCUCAGCCAUGUUUUCAGUUUGUAGUCAGAAUUCCUUAAGAGAUAGAUGAACAUUCUCAGACUCUUUGGUCUCAAGAUUCCUUAAUAUUCAUUAAAAUGAUUGAAGAUAUCAAAGAGUUUUUGUUCAUAUGAUUACAUUUAUCAAGAUUUAAGUAUUAGACAUUAAAAUGGAUACAUUUUAGAAAUAUUUGUUAAUUCAGCACUAGUUAUGUGGCCCUGGGCAAGUUACUUGAUUCUGUUUGCCUCAGUUUCCUCAUAUGUAAAUAGAGCUGGAAAAGGAAAUGGCAAACCACUCCUGCAUCUUUGCCAAGAAAACUACAAAUGGGGUCAUGAAGAAUGGACAUGACUGAAAUGACAACAUUGAUAUUAAUCCCUUAAUUGUUAUUGCUGUUUAACAUUUUCUAGACUCUAAUGGCAGGCUUAGGGCUUAGGAUUUUAUAAUCAAACAGUCCAGAGCUGAAAGGAACCUUAGAAACCAUAUAGUCCAACUUUCUUAUUUUGUCCAGGGCCCUAACUAUAGAAGGGCACUGUAGUUAAGGGGCUGGGAAAUGAGAACAGACGAAGGAAUAACAAGCAUGAAGGCUACCCCUUUGUGCUACCAUCACUUGCAGUCUCAUGCAUCCCACAUGUUCAGAGAUGCUUCCAGAAAAAAAUUGAACCUAAUUCCUGUAAGCAUCAAAACUUUCUUUCCUUUCAUUAGUGUGGAUGGAAAGCUUACUAAAAAUAGGCUCUGUAUCUCUCCUUUUUAAAAUUGAGGAGACUGAACAGAAUAUGACUUUUUUCUUUCCUUUUAGAUGAGCCUAGCAAGAUCUGUCUAAAAAUAGAACAGGCUGUCCUAAAAGGUAGUGAGUUUGUCCUCUUUAGCUGAUGGAUAUUUUAAGGGGAUGGAGAGAUAGAAGAGAAUUUGUGCUUCAGAAAUGGCUUGGACAAGAACUCUCAAAGGGUCUUUUCAAUUCUGAAUCACUGUUCAUUUUGAGGAUCACUAAAUAUACUUCCUAGGAGCACAGGUUUGCUUUCAGGGGCUGCUGGAAUAUCUGGAGCUGUUUACUCCUUCACCAACAUGCUGGGUUCUUUGGGUUCUUAGAUCUAUUCUUUAUAAUCCCCUGUCUUUCCCCUGACUAGAAGGGGUCAACUGUCACUCAUUUCCUAGAUGCCUGUCUAGCUUCUCUACUUCUAAUACAAAUUUGAAGACCAUAUAACCAAGUUCAUUCAUAUCGCAUGCAUAGUAUGAAUUAAAUACUGAGUGAUGGAGUGUUUGCUUUUGAGGCUCUACUAUGGCAUCAUUCCUCCCCAGAUAUCUGUCCUUUUUAUGUUUCCUUAGCUGUGUUCUGGACUUAGGUAGUAUAGCUGGAUAAAUGACCCCUGGCUUUUCAAGGCAUAACUAUAGUUUUGUUCCUUCAUAUUUGGAGAGAUCAGACAUGAUACAGCCUAUAAUUCACCUGAAGAAUUUGGUUCACUUUUCCUCUAGGAAAAGUUAAAUGUGCUUGGGAGGAAGAGAAAGAGAGAAAACAUCUCCCUACUUCUGUUGCCCUGGGAUUUGAUGGGCCCCAAACCAUAUCCAGAAUUUUCUGCUUGCUUUUUCUGAAGAUCCAUCCAAUCUUUCCCCAGACACAAUGUAGUCAGAUGUUGCUACAAAGGAUGAAGCCUCUUCCUGGACAGCCUCAAGCUUAGAGCUCAAACACUGAGGCUGCCUCUUUUGAGAGGGCUUGGAACUAACUGCUCUUGGCUCCCCCAGACACCUCUGACGGAUGGAGUUGUCAGCCUCAGAAAGGCCUCUUGAGGAAAGCUCAGAUGACUUGUUAAAUGUACAUUGUAAGGUGGGUUUAGUGGAAAGGGCACCAGAUAGGCAAUGAGCAUCUAUCUACAAUCAUUCCUUAAGCACCUAGCCUGUGCCAGGUAUUGACUAGACACUGAAGGUUGCCUGCCCUUAAGGAGCUUACAUUCUAUGUUUGUUCCCCAAUUCUGCCAUUAACUAGCUGUGGGACCUUGGACUGGUUAGUCUCUCUGGUCUUCAGUUUUCUCAUCUGUAACAUGAAGGGCUUCACCUCAUAAAAUGCGAUCUAAACUUCUUUCAGCUCUAAUAUACAUUGAGUGUAUGGCCAUUGAUUGAGAGAGAAAGAGAGAGAGAGAGAGAGAGAGAGAGAGAGAGAGAGAGAGAGAGAGAGAGAGAGAGAGAGAGAGAGAUGGAAUUAUGAAAGAAGAAAUAGAAGAGACCUUAAAUAUUUAUUCCAGUCCCUUCAUUUUUACAAAUGGAGAAACUAAGGAACACUUGGGGCGGGUGGGAGGGGAUGGGACUGACAUGGCCCAGGGCUCAAAGCCAGCCAUCAGCAGAACUGAGCUUGGAACUUGGGUCUUCUGAAUGGCUUCAGUGUGUUUGCCAUUAUUCCAAGAUGCCUCUCAUGUCUAAUAGGCCUUCUAUAUAGCAUAACAUAGCACUGGACAUGGCAUCAUCCUUUACUUGUGUUGGUUGGGUUGAACUGAAUUGUCUUCUUGGGGAAGAAGGUAGCUUUAUUUUUAGCAAGAGUAACCGGCUUCUGGAAUGGUUCUGAAUGCUUCAUGAUGCUUCCUUAUAAGUCUUUCUUUGCCCUACACACAAAGGGACAGAUCCCAUUUCACUCCCCCAGGUAACUCAAAGGAAGUAACAAAAAUGAAGAAAGAAUGAAUGCUUAGAGUGUACUAUUCUUCAUUAUUGUUGAAAUACCAACCCCAGGUAAGUGAGUGGCCAGAAUUUGCUGCCCUCACAAAAAUAAGAUAAAAAAAAGGAAGACAUCCUUUCCUGACUGUUGUUGGACUUGUUCACCAAACAAGUUGUGGGCUUCUGGUCUUAAGGAACAUCUAAUAUUAUAAUCAUUGAAUAUCAGAGCUGGGAGUGUCCUUAGAACAAGGGAGGACAAGCUGGGAGAGUCCUUAGAGCAGAGAAUGUCAGAAAUGGGAGGACCCUUAGGAACAGGAUGUUAGAGAAGGGAGAAUCCUUAGAACCCAGGAUGUCAAAGACGGGAGAGUCCUUAGAACAAAGAAUGUCAGAGAUCAGAAUGUAAGAUUUGGAAGGGUCCUUAGGACAUGAAAUUGUUAAAGCUGGGAGGGCAUUUAGGAGACAAAAUGCCAGAACUGAGAGGGACCUUAGAAGACAUGAUGUCAGGACCCUAGAACAGAGAAUAUUAGACUCAGAAGGGCCCUCAGAAUCCAGAAUGUCAGAAACAUUAAAAAUCACCCAGUCCAAGGAUUCUUCACCAAAGGGUCCACAGAUAGAUUUCAGGGGGGGUCCAUAAAUUUGGAUGGGGAACCUCUUACUGGUAUUGAGCAUUUCUUUUCAUUAUAAAUACAUCCCACAAACUUUCUUCUGAGAAAGUGUCCACAGGCUUCAUGAAAUUGAAAAAGGAUCUGUGGCAAAAAGGGAGGAAAACCCCUGGUCUUGUCCAACCCCACAUUUUACAGAUGGAAAAAUUGAUGCCAAAGAAAGAGAAAGUGCCUUUUUCCAUGGCUGCCUAGUGAAUUUGGGGCAGAAUCAGGCCUAGAAUCCAGAUCUCUGGACUCCCCAAAUUUAAUCCUCUUUCAUGCAGUUGCCCCUAGUGUGGAAUGAAGGGGAAUGAUUUGACAAAUGAUAUUUUCUCCUAAUCCCCAAGCUGUCAGAGAUGACUGUCAAUGGAGGCAGUGGAAAGGACUGAGAGCCAGGAGUCCUGGGGUGGUUGGUCCUGGUUCUGGCAUAGAUUUGCUGUGUAACCUUGGAUAAGUUAGUUUUCCUCCCUGGCCCUUUGUUUCUCCCUCUGUACAAUAAGAGUUCUGGACUAGCAAACUUCUCUAGUCUCCACUAGUUCAGGCCCUCCAUGUUGUUUUCAGGGCAAUCCCAGCCCUGAUGUUCUGAGAAUCCUUAAUUCCUGAUUCUUUUUUUGGAUUUUGAGGAGUACAGCACUUAUAAGCAUUAAGCACUCUGUAAAUAGGAAUUAUUGUCCUUUUGUUAUUAUUAUCAUUGUGAAAGGUUUUCAGAACUUGCUCAUUUGGUUCUUCAAAGCUAAAAAAAUGGGGUGGUGGAAACCACCAGAGAAUAUAUGUGAAGGUGUCCAGGGGUAGGCAAAAUGAUAGGAUCUGAAAUUUGUCCUCUGGGUUGACCAGAACUCUAACUCUCCAGAGGAACCUCUUCUUAGGUCUCCCAUCUGUCUCUUUACCCCAUGGGCUGAGCUGAUUCUUGUGAAGAUCACUUAACCCAGAGUUGGAAACCUUAGUCGGCAUCUUCAAAAUCACUUUAUCCAACUCUCCUCAAUUUUACAGUUGAAGAAGCUGAGGCCCAGAGAAAGGAAAUGAUUUGCCCAAUGUCACACAGACAGCCAAACAUUAUUUUAAAAGAUCAAAUUAUUGGACACAUCUAUUGCAUCCAUACUAGUUUAUAAGUUUCUCUGAAUAUUGUAUAAGAGCCACCCCACGUAGGAAGGGAGCUAGUACUUGCAGUCAUACCUAUACCCCGUUGCUGCCACAUGAGCAGAAAUGAGACAGUUUGGUGACACAGUUGUUAGAAUGCUGGACAUGGAGUCAAGAAGACCUGUGUUCAAACCCACAUUCUAACAGUUAGCUAUAUAGCUAAGUUAUCCUGGAUGAGUUCCUUAGCCUAUCUGCCUCAGUUUCCUCAUCUAUAAAAUGGGGAUAAUAAUAGCACCUACCUCACAGGGUUGUUGUGAGGAUCCAAUGAGAUAAUAUUUGUAAAGCACUUUGCAAACCUUGAAGCGCUAUAUAAAUACUAGUUAUUAUAACUGUUAUUAUUGUUUUUCUUAUGAUUCCUUCCUUCCAGUUUGGGAUUUCUCUUUAUAUGUCUACAGUGAUUCUCUAACAAUGUACACAUUGAAACCAUCUGAUUCUGAACCCGAAUCCCUCGCAUACCCUGCCCUAUCCAGUUUUUCUUCAGAGAAGCUGCUCUGGUUCUAAAAGUUUCUUAUGACCUUUGUUUUCUUCUGGCAGUUCUACUGUUGGCCCCAAGCUCUGGUGUUUUUCCUAUUUGUUUUCAUAAAAGUAUAUGCACACUUCAAUCCCCUGAUCUCUCCUAAUUAUUUCAUCUGUCAAUAUGAACAAAAGUCCUUUUUUGGCUUUAGUAUGUGGCCUUCAGGAAUUGCUAUGAUUGAAAAAAUUUGUCAGCCAGUGGCCAAUUUAGUCAUUUGCUUCUCCUAACUUCAUUGGACUGAUCGUUAAAUGACACCUCUCACUGGGCCUGUCCUACAAGUACAAGCCUUUCCAGCUAGGCUGGAUCUGCUACAGCUAUGAUCCAGUAGCCUGCCCUUGGAGAGCCCUGGUCACCUCCACUGGAUAUACGAUGAGGCAUCAGGGUAGGGCUAUGAGAGAAGAUUAACUAUAUAGCACCACAUUAAAAAGACUAUGAAAUCAGGAGUUGACAAGUUUUAGAAAGUGAUUUGUCUAUAUUCUGAAUUCUCCCGGUAUGCUUUGAGAGGCUUGCUACCCAUGUACUCACUUAUAAACCAACAUACCCAUGGAUUGUCUACUCUUAUAGGAGAUGGGCUUUCAUAGAUAAUGGCAUCAGAGAUCUCAACUGGAUGAUAGCUUAGGGGGCAUCUAGUUCAUCCUACCCCUUUAAGCAACUUGCUCAAGUUUUCAUGAAUGAUAAGAAACAAAGGCAGGAUUUGAAACCAUAGACUCUGACUUCAGAACCAAUGUUCCUUCCUCAGAACCAUGGAUUGUCAAGGUAAAGGCAACUAGUCAACCAAAUUGGGCUUCUGAGAGGAGCCAUACCAUUAAGGCCAUAAUGUUGAUCAUUCCACCGAGACCUGGUAAAAUCAUGGUUUACCAGGUUCAUUCUGGGAGAUGUUUGGAAAAUUGGGGUCUUUUGACCAACCUCUCUGAUUGCAUUUCUGAACCAUAAACAAAAGGGGAUCUACUACCAAAACUUAAAGGGAUUUUUCUCACCUUCUAUGUGAAUAUAUUCUCUGUAUAUUUUAUGUUGUAGAGAAAAGGUAAGAGGUUUCCACAUAAGGACAAAUUGUCACUUACGUAUUUCAGUGAAGGAUCAUUGCCUAACUAACAGUUGCAAAGAGGAAGAUUCCUGAGACUGCUUGUUCUUUCUCUCACCUCCCUACCCUUGCUCAAGUAAUCACAGAGGAGGGGAUUGCUGAUGGUCAUGUUCUGUUUUCUUCAUGUAGGGGGAAAAAUUGCAUUUUUUCUCAUUGGAUGUUGUAUAUAUCUUGUCAGAUUGUAACAUCUAUCUUUUUUAAAGAAAAGAUUUGGUGAAAUGAUGGUGAUGACUCUUGUCAACAGAAGAGGAAAGUUUAUUUUUUUAAAAGAGAAAAGAAAAAAAUUAUUUGAAUUCUUCUUGAAGUAAAAUGGUAAUAUAAAAUAGGAAAAGUAAAUCCUUUUCCUGGGUGUAGCCUAUGAAGAGAGAGAGAUGUCUCUUGUAAAAGGUGUAUCAAAAGAAAAUAAAAUGUUUUGUAGACUGAAAAAAAAAACAUCUCAGUAAAGGCAGGAGGCUGUUUGAGUCUCCUUUACCCUGAGGGGCUGGUUGGGGUAAGCUUGUCUCCAGAAUGUGGGAAGGGCAACACCCUGCCAGGUGUCUGGCCAGCAUCCUGGUCUUCAGUCCAGCCCAUAAAUAGUCUCCUCCAAGUAAGAGUGGCAGGAAUUGCUACCAUUUAAGGCAAGGAAAUCUUAACCAUUUUUGUGAGUCCUGGACCCACUUGGGCAGCCUGGUGACAUUUAUUGACCCUUUCUCAGAAUAUUUUAAAAUGCAUAAACAAAAAUACAAAGAAUUACAAAGAAAGCCAAUUAUAUUGAAAUAUAAUUCCCAAAAUAUUUUUAAAAUCAGGUUCACAUAUCCCACAGUAAGAGCCUUCUGAUUCAAUGAAAUGAGUUAAGGUAGAGGUAUAACUUGGAAUUCUUGUGCCUGAAAGAAGUACCAUAAACCACCCAGCCAUGGAGCAAGUGAUUCUAAGUAUGUCCUCAGUUGAGUCUGGAAGAGCUGGGUGAGGAUAGGGGGAAGUUCAAGCAAAACCUCUCACUGGUAGUUUACUAUUUUUACUAGUUGUUCUUACUUACUAAACUCUAAACUCUGUUUUUUUUAUAUUGCUAAAGAACUCUAAAUUCUAGUCUCUGGGGCAAAGCCCUAGUUGCCCAGUCUAGUUAUGGCUCUGAUUGGGGGGGGGGGGGGAUGUGCUUUUGGUUUCCAGGGGGCAGUUACUCUAAUUCAUUUAGGGAAUAGAAGGGAAUAAGCAUCAACAGAGCACCUACUGGGCACAGCUGGGUAGUUCAGUGGAUUGAGAGCCAGGCCCAGAGACAGGAGGUCCUAGGUUCAAAUCUAGCUUCAGACACUUCCUAGCUGUGUGACCCUGGGCAAGUCACUUAACCCACAUUUAACCACACUUAACCUACUCUUCUGCCUUGGAACCAAUAUCUAGUAUUAAUUCUAAGCCAGAAGGUAAGGGUUUUUAAAAAUAGCACCUGCUAUGUACCAGACACUGUUAGGUGUUUUACAAAUACUAUAUCAUUUGAUCCUCCCAUUUUAGACAACAUUUAUUCAGUACCUGCUUUGGGCAGGGCCAUAUUCUUUCCUCUGAGCAGAGAACAGAAAGAGGCACUGUUCUACGAACAAAGAUCAGACAUCAGAGCCUGAAGUGGAAGAAGACCCUAGCAGACAUAUAGACCUUGUGAUGUUCCCAUUUCACACUUGUUAGGAAGAAGCUCAGGUUACUGAGGAGACUGGCAGGGAGAGGAGGAAGGACCUGUUCAAAGUCACCCAAAGACUUAAUGACAGCAUCAGAAUUAGAAUACGGGUCCCUUGACGCCUGGCCUGACACUGUUUCCUCUGCCUCAUCUUGCUUCUUGUAACUAUCAUGUCAGCUCUUCAUUAAAAUUUAGUGAAAAUGCUGCAACCUUGGCCUUUUUUUCCCCUUCAAUCAGUUAUUAUCUUCAGUUUCCAAAGGGAAAGAGUAAAACAGGGUCAGAGAGGAAUUAAGGCUUGCUGAAAGCCCAUUUAGAGACUGACAAGCAUCAAUCCUACUUCUAUUGCAGAACUCAGAAGAGCCCCAUUAAGAGAGCUGAAUUACUGAAUGUGUGUAUUUCUGCUUGCAUGGAAGGGAGAACGAGCUGAAUUUCCAAAUAUGUCAGCUGGAUAAGCUUUGACCCCUAAUAGAUCUUUGCUCUUUGAAUCUAGAGGUGGAAGGGAUCUCUAAUCUUUAAUCCCCUUUCAACAUCAGUUUGUACCUGUCUAGAGUCCUUGCACUCAGCUCCAUUUUUCAUUAUAAAUCCAGAUAUACUGUACUUCUAGAUUCCUAGAACAUUAGAAUUGGAAACUGCUUCAGCAAUACCACUUCAACCUUUUUAUUUGGCAAGUGAGGAUAUAGACCCUUUGAAAGAAGAGAUCCGAGGUCACAGAACAAGACAAUAGCAGAGCCUAGAGAUAGUAGCAGGAACACAGGUGUUUUAACUCUUAAUUUGGGCUCUUUGGGCCAUUAAGAAUUCCACAAAAAUAUUAUUUCCAGUUAAACAAAUCUCUCUAGUAAAAUGGCACAGUAGAAAGAGUUCUGGGACUAGAGUCGGGAAGAUGCAUCUUCCUGGGUUCAAAUCUGGCCUCCACCACUUACUAGUUAUGGGACUCUGGGCUCAAAACCUUUAACAUUUUGCCUCUGUUUCCUCAUUUGUAAAAUGACCUGGAGAAGGAAAUGGCAAACCAUUCCACUAUCUUUGCUGUGAAAACCCCAAAUGGGGUCAUGAUGAGUCAGAUACAACAGAAAACAACUGAACGACAACUUUUAGAAGUAUAUUCUGGGGAAUCGCUUGUUUGGUUUGGGGCGGGGGUGGGGGGAGAGGAGAGGGAAAGAAAACGAAUCAUGUAAACGUGGGAAAAUAUUUAAGGGGGAAAAAAGUAUAUUCUGGGAGCAGCUAGGUGACUCCGUAGAUGGAAAGCCAGUCCCAGAGAUGGGAGGUCCUGGGUUCAAAUUCGGCCUCAGAUACUUCCUAGCUGGGUGACCCUGGGCCAAUCACUUCACCCUCAUUGCCUAGCCCUUACAACUCUUCUGCCUUGGAACCAAUACAUAGUAUUGAUUCUAAGGCAGAAAAAAAAAUAAAAAAGAAUGUUAAAUAAACUCCAGUAAUUUUGUAGCCAGAAGUUAGGUAGGAAUGUACAAGUAGCAAAGUCAGAGGUAUAUGGCCAUAUGACUUUACCCAGUACUUUUGUUCCUUGCAUCAAGUUGAUUUGCUUGACAACCUAGAGAAUUAUGGGAAGCUAUAAGAAGCUUCAGAUCCUGCCUCAGACAGUUCUUUUGGGGUUUUGUUCCCUCAAUGUCCUUGAAAUAAACUGAGGGGACACAAACCAAUAUUUAAAGAUUUGACAGAAGUUAAGAAGAAUUUUAUAACCCCAAGUCAGAUAAUUGUCUGGGACCAAGGACUUUGGAGUAAGAGUAGAAGAAAGUCAAAAAUAGCAGAAUUAACCUUAGCCUAAGGGUUCUGUCUGGCUUCCUGGCUGGGUGUGGUUGUCAUGUUUUAGUCUUCUCUUACUAGGAGGAAGCUGAGUACUUGUUUCACCCCAGUGAAUUGGUAACAGAGAAAAGUAUGGGUUAAGUAGGCUAAAACAGCUAAAGACAAGCAUAUGUUAACAGAUUAGUUUAGCAAAUAAAUAUGUCAGCUAGAAACCAGUAUGAGCUGCCAACAAGAGAUGAUGUAUCACCUGGCAGAGAUGGUUAGCAGAGAAAAAGAAUAAAGAAAUGCAACUCCUAGCAAAUAAUGUUUGUGAACAAAACAACCAUGUCUCAAGAGGACACCAUCAGCUGAUGUUGCCUCAGCCAAGCCUAUGCUCUGGUCACAAGUGUCCCUAUAUGUGUGCCUUUCCUGUAUGUUCACUCACCACAUUUGUUUCCUGUGUAUAUCUCCUUCAACUUUAUUCUUGGUCACAUGUACCCCUCCAUGUGUGUUCCUUGGUCAUGAUUGUUCCCUGGUCAUGAUUGUACUGUUCUGUGUAUAUUCCAUUCUUCCACUGAUGGUACUUUGUGAAUUUUAAAACUAUUCCACCCUAAUCAGACCAUUCUUUAGAAGAUGUGAUUUAGCUAUUUCCUGAUCAGUAACAAUGGAGAUACUUGGAAUAACAGAAUCAGGUCUUGGAAACUACAUUUCUCCUCCCUUCUUAGUUUAACAAGAUUUUGAAGGUCUGCAUCAAACUCAAGAUUUAAUUAUGUAAGGAAUGGCCUUCAACAGACAUGUGCAGAAAAAAGGACAGACCUCUGGGUUGUAUUAAGUCAAGCUAAGUCCUCAUUAGUACAGAUGAGAUGCAGAAAAGUGAUGUAAAAACAUCCAUAUAAGGCAUGGCACUUCCUGUCCCUUCCUCCUUCCCUGGAGAGGCGACUCUGGCUGGCAGUGUGCUAGGUGUUCCGACCUCUUGGGAGUGGUGGCAGUUAUUGUCUGGGUUUUGGCGGUGAGUUUUGUCCUUAACCUGAUUCAGGUUCAGGCAUCUUAGCUGAGUCCCUUUUGGAGUUCAGGUUGAUUCUUUCCUCCUUUACACUCCAAACCCUUACUUUCUAGAUCUUCUAAUCUUCCUGCCAGGUACCAGACAGGCAGGGGGAGAAAUCCUCCACCCUUUCCUUCUCCCUUCUUCUUAAUCUUCUCUACUAUAUCAAUUAAAUCACUAUAAUUUGGCAGCUGACUUGGGUAUUUUAUUAUUUGGGUUUUUCAUUAGAAUUUUUUAUAAAUAAAAUCCUUGGUGACCUAAAUUAAUUAUACAUUCAGUCUCAGCCAUAAUUUCACCCUUUACAACUUGUGGUAGAGUGUACUCCUAUGAACUUAAGGGUAAUAUUUUCUUGUUAUUUAAUUUGCUACAUUAUAUUAAACAUCUUUUACUUUAUUUAAA